UUCCUCUUAUCCAAGUUUUAAAAGACACCCAGCCCUCCUCAAUCUUCGACCACCUUUCUCUCCUCCCUCUCUCUUCUUCCUCCUCCUUGUUCAGGAAGAACAGAGAUUGAGAGAGAGGGGGCGAUCUGAUAUCCCCGCCAUAAUUUGAGAUUGCGGCUAGCGGGUCUUCAAUUCCUGAUCAAUAGAAAGGAAGAAACAAGGAUGGCAGAGGAGCAGAGAUGGCAAGAGGGGCACCGCCAAUGCGCCAAUAAUUGUGGCUUCUUCGGUAGCCCCGCCACCCUCAACCUUUGCUCCAAAUGCUACCACAAUUUCCGCCUCAAGGAGGACCAGGCCACCUCUGCCAAGAUCGCCGUCGAGAAAUCCCUCUCCACCACUGCCACCACUGUAGUCCCUCCUCCUACCAUAAUGUUAGCAGCGGCGGAUCCGGUUGUCAGAACCCUAGGAGGGAUCGCAUCACCAACGGAGGAGAAGCAGCAGCAGGAACGACGGUCGAAUAGGUGUGCGGCAUGCCAGAAGAGGAUGGGGUUGACGGGGUUCCGAUGUCGAUGUGGGGAGACCUAUUGUGGGGCCCAUCGGUACCCAGAACGACACGGAUGUAGCUUCGACUACAAGGCCGUCGGCCGUGAGGCCAUCGCCUGAGCCAACCCCGUCGUUAAGGCUGACAAGCUCCACCGUAUCUGAGAGAGGGCAUCGCGAAUCCAUCACUUUGGGCUCCUGGAUUUUUUUUUUUAUUUUUUUGUUAAUAUAUUUUUUUAUUUUUAUUAUAAAAUUAUUUUGGUCAUGUAAAAGUUAUAUGGGAAUUAGGGAUAUAUAUUGUCAUAAUUUAUUUCAUCCAAUUCUUUUUUGUCUCAGACAAUAUCUAUUAUUUAGAUAUAUUUUGAAGAAAGAAGAAGAGAGAGAGAGUAAGAUGGGGAGGGAAAGAUCCCUACUAUUUUUUGGAUGACUUGAGACAAAUUGCAAAAGAGAGGCCUCUAUGAUCUCUAUAUGUCAGCAAAUGAUGCGAAUGAUAAGAAUUGGAUGAUUUGUAGCAUAAUUUUUCUAUAUAUGAAUUAGAAAUUAGAAAAG